AUGGAAGGACUGACCCUGACGGGCAUCCUGAAGAAGGCGGCAGGGGAGUUCCCUGAUCGCCGGGCCAUCUCCAUCUCCGGCAAGUUCAACCUCACCCACGCCCGCCUCCACCAGCUCGUCGAAGAGGCCGCCGCCGAGCUCGUCGCUUCCGGCGUCCGGGCCGGCGACGUGGUGGCCCUCACCUUCCCCAACACCGUCGAGGUGAAAAGGACAACACCGUCGUCGAGUUUUCAUCCUCGUGUUCUCGUUAUGUUUUUCUCGUGAACGAUUGGUUGAUGGGUUGUUUACGGUCGGCGUUCGUUUCCAUGUUCUACAGUUCGUGGUCAUGUUCUUGGCGGUGAUCCGAUCCCGCGCGGUGGCCGCCCCGCUCAACUCGGCGUACACGCAGGAGGAGUUCGAGUUCUACCUUUCCGACUCCGAGUCGAAGCUGCUGCUCACUAACGUCGAGGGCAAUUUCACUGCCCAAGCGGCGGCCGCCAAGCUGGGUCUCCCGCACGCCACCGCCUCCCUCGGUAGCCCCUCCGACUCAGUCAAGAUCGGUGCCGCCGGAGAACGCGCUCCGUUGCCGGACGUCUCUCGCAUCCUCAACGACCCCUCCGAUGUGGCGCUGUUCCUCCACACCUCCGGCACCACGAGCCGGCCUAAGGGCGUCCCCUUGACUCAGCUCAACCUCUCCGUGUCCGUGAAGAACAUCAAAUCGGUGUACCGACUCACCGAGUCGGACUCGACCGUGAUCGUCCUCCCGCUCUUCCACGUCCACGGGCUCAUGGCCGGCCUCCUCAGCUCGCUCGCCGCCGGCGCCGCCGUUUGCCUCCCGCAGGCUGGCCGGUUCUCGGCCUCGACCUUCUGGGCGGACAUGCGGGCCUACGGCGCCACCUGGUACACGGCGGUCCCGACGAUUCAUCAGAUUCUGCUCGACCUCCACACCGCGCGCCCGGAGCCCUCGUACCCGAGGCUCCGGUUCGUGCGCAGCUGCAGCGCCUCGCUGGCGCCGGUGGUCCUCGAGCGGCUGGAGGCGGCGUUCGGCGCGUCGGUGCUGGAGUCCUACGCCAUGACGGAGGCGGCGCACCUGAUGGCCUCCAACCCGCUGCCGGAGGACGGGCCCCGCAAGGCCGGGUCGGUGGGGAAGGCUGUGGGGGUGGAGAUGGCCGUCCUGAGCGAGGACGGGGAGCCGCAGCCAGCGGGCGGCAAGGGGGAGGUCUGCAUCCGGGGGCCCAACGUGACAAAGGGGUACGUCAGGAACCCCGAGGCCAACAAGGCGGCGUUCCGGUUCGGGUGGUUCCACACCGGCGACCUGGGAUUCAUGGACUCCGACGGGUACCUGCACCUCGUCGGCCGGAUCAAGGAGCUCAUCAACCGCGGAGGUAACUGCACUUUUUUUACUUCUUCGCCGUCUAGGAGAAGCCUUGGCAGACCUUUUGAGGAAACUAACUGAUCACAUCCUUUCCGGGUGACUUUCCCCAGGGGAGAAGAUCUCGCCUGUGGAAGUUGACGAGGUGCUGCUGUCGGUGCCGGGCGUCUCCCAGGCCGUGGCUUUUGGGGUCCCGGACGAUAAGUACGGAGAGGAGGUGAGGGCUUACUUCUGCGCCACACUCCCAGCCAGUUGCCCGGUUUUUAAUCGAGAGAGAUAUAUAUAUAAUCUGGUGAGCUCUUUAUUCAGAUAA